UACAAAAAUAACAAUAACUUUGUCCUUCUAACAACGUUAUCCAAUGCAUGUAUAAUAAACAACUGUUACUGAUAAAAUUAAGACGAAACGAACGUACAUUGUUAACAGUUUCUGAAUCCGGUUGGUCUAAGACGUUUUGUAAACUAAAGUGUGUGUAUUUGUUGAUAAUUGUUACGAAAGUUAAAGGUCAGUGUAAAUGAGAAGUUUGAUCUCGACGGUAUUCUUAUUUAUAAGAUCAUGAUGGAAGAGGACGAUACCUAUGUUUUGUGUGGGCCAGAACCCUUCGAACCAGUGCCUAAAGUUAGUCUAGGACGAUACUAUUAUAAUGCUUUAUCUACAACGACUGUUAAUUAUUAUGCUAUGGUGGAUUAUGAAACUAAAGAGACCCUCACGUAUCAGGAAUUGUUGGAUUAUUCAUGCAUACUGGCCGAUUAUCUACAAGAAAACGGAUAUGGAAUUACUGACUCUGUAAUGAGUAUUAGUUCCCAGAAUAAUAUAUACUUCUAUGUUCCAGUCUUUGCUUGUUUGUAUAUGGGAGUCGUAGUUGCUCCUCUGAAUCACAAUUACACUGUUGAAGAAUUACGACACACGCUUAACAUUUCUAAACCGCAAGUUAUAUUUUGUUCACACAUGGUUAUAGAUAAAUAUUUGAAGCUGAAGAAUGAAUUGAACUUUAUUGAAAAGAUUUUUAUAAUAGACAGCGAAAAAGAAAAUUUAGGUGCACCGUCGUUGAUUAACAUUCUAAAGACACGAUAUGCCACAUGUAACAAAUGGAGAAGUUUUCAACCGUUAGAUGGAGAUCCUGAGAAGUUAAAUGCUUUUAUAAUGUGUUCGUCUGGGACGACUGGUUUGCCUAAAGGUGUUUUACAAUCUCAUUUGAAUAUUCUAGUCAGGUUGAAUCACCAAAGAGACCCGAGAUACCAACCAACUGAGGAAGGUUUAAAGGUUAUCGGGUUGCUUCCGUUUUUCCACGGUUUUGGUCUUUUAACUAAUUUAGGGGCAAUUCUACGUAAAAUUCAAGUGGUGAUUUUGAAAAGAUUUAACGAGGAUCAAUUUUUACAAGCCAUUCAAGACCAUAAAAUUAAUUUACUUUGGCUGGCUCCUCCGAUUGUUGUAUUUUUGGCUAAAAGUCCCAAAGUUCUAAAGUACGAUUUGUCCAGUGUUGUAGAACUAAUAAGCGGAGCGGCACCGUUAGGAAAAAACACAGAAGAACAAUUAAAGAAACGAGUAAAAAUUGAAAAAAUAUUCCAAGCAUAUGGAUUAACAGAAGCUACCCUAGCUGUUUGCUUAAUGCAGAGAAACGAAGGUGCAAAACAAGGUUCUUCUGGAAAAGUUGUUCCAUUUAUGAAAAUGAAAAUAAGAGACCCCGAAACGGGGAAGUCGCUUGGUCCAAAAAAAGUGGGAGAAAUUUGCGUUAAAGGUCCUAUGGUAAUGGUCGGUUACUAUGGUAAUGAAAAAGCAACAAAAGAAAGUUUUACAAGUGAUGGCUGGUUGAAAACUGGAGACUUAGGAUACUAUGAUGAGGAAGGUUACUUUUAUAUUGUUGAUAGAUUAAAGGAACUCAUCAAAUAUAAAGGAUUUCAAGUUGCCCCUGCAGAACUGGAAGCUUUGCUACUGAAACACCCCAAAAUUCGAGAUUGUGGAGUUGUUGGUCUACCUGAUGAGUUAUCAGGAGAGUUACCUUUGGCAUUUGUUGUAAAACGAGAAGAUGCUGAUUUAAAUGAAAAGGAAAUAGAAGAGUUCGUUAAAAAACAAGUUUCUAAUCCCAAAUGGCUUAGGGGUGGUGUCAUUUUUGUUAACGAAAUUCCCAAAAACGCUAGUGGAAAAAUAUUACGGAGAGAUCUUAGACAGAUGUUAAAAAUAUUUAAAAACAAACUGUAAAUUUGUAUAAAUAUUUGUGAAUUAUAGUAUCACAGAUUUAGAUUUAAAAGAUAAUAAAAUAUGAGAUUAUUAA